ACCGGCACAGGGUACCGAAGGCAUGCAGCAGUCAGCACCGCCUGCAGCGGGGAAGGAGCCCUCCUGCUAACUGCCGCGCCCUGCGCGGGGCUCUCCUUUCCUCGGUGUCACCGGGAAGCCGCUGCGCCUCCUCGGCCAGUUUAAACAGCAAAUAAACGCCUGUGCUGCAGGGCCCAUAUAACCCAGCAGACGUGGGUGUGCUCACACCCAUAGCGGACCUCGGGAGCAGUGCGGGAGUUGAGCGGCCCCCAGCAGCCGCGGCCGAUGAGAGGCGCCCCGCCAGUCCCCCGUACCCCUGACCUGCCUUUGGCGACGCCUGGAUUGCCCUCACCUGUCUGCACUCACAGCUUGUUAGCUUGUGCAAACAACCAAGCGGCGGGGAGAAGGCACUGUCGGGCAGUGUGCAGCGUCCGGGCGGGGAGCCGGCUCCCAGGUGGCCCCGGCAGGCUGAGCCCGCGGCGGCAGCUGCCCCCCUCCCCGCCCGCGCCCCGCCCGCUAGUGGGGCUGAUGGGGGGGGGGGUGUUGCGCCCUCGGGACCAGGCGUUUCAAAGCGCAGAGGCAGCGCACCAGGUGCGAAAGGGCAGCGGACAGAAGCUCGCCCGGCCGCCGUGCAGGGGCACUCUGCGCAGGCCUGGCCAAAGGUGCUUCCUGCCGCCGGUGAGCCUGGGAGGCGCUGCGGGGAGCCCCGGCGGCAGCCCCGGCGGCACGAAGUCUCCGCUGCAGGCGCCUCGGGCCUCCCCUCGGAGCCACGGAUUUGUGCUUCAAACGCUUGAGCGUAGUAAUGUGAUGCCAGGCAUUUGUUCUGCGUGGGCAAAUCCAGUAUCUGUAGCGUUAAGGAGGAGUGCUCCUGGAAAGUUACUUGGUGCUCAGGAGAUACAUCCAAGGAGAGCAACAGCAACUCACCUUUUAAACUAGGAGUGAAAAUUCGAGACUGAGAACAAUGGGAAGUUACCUGUGACACCUUGCUGAGCUAUGAGAGUUCCCCUCUGGGGACAGAACAAGUUACAGCAAGACAGGAGCAGAUCUCCCUGCAUGCCUUCUGUUAAUUACCAUGAAUAGCAAUUGCUGGCAGCACAAGUCUGUCUGUGCCCAUGGAGGACAGACACACCAGCAGGAUGCUGACUUCUAAUCCUCAAGUACUACGGAGCAUUGGGUGAGAGAGGCUUGCUGUUGGGGUUGGAGUGCCAGGCAUACCCUGCUCCCAGCACAGCUGCAGCUGCUUCCCACGUUCCUAUGCCUUUAGGACUGUACUAGCAGGCAUUAGAGUAAAACCAACACUGACCAAAUGAAAAGUGAGCUUCACUGCUCACCCCGUACACAAAGAACAGAAGGCCAAAUUGUGCCUCGGCAGAGUGAAGCAACAGUGUGCAUAAGAGAAGGAGAUGAUCACUUUGUGCUGCCUCCAUAAAAGCUGGUACCAGCUCUAGACUAUGCCUACAAAGGAGCAAAUGGUGCUCUCUUGGAGAUGCAAACUCCUGGGAGCAAUCUGCUGGAAAAACAAGCAAACAAAGCAAACCCUUCCCUCCAUGCCAUCACCACGUCAGCCAGAACUGCUGCCCAGCCAAGCAGAAGGCAAGGGAAAUGACCCAGUGCUUCUUCAAAAGCUGCCACAGGAGUCCAGAGGCCCAGCAUUCCUCUGCUUGCUGAGAAUACCGCAGCUCUGAUGGGACUCCUGCCACGGGAGUCUGCUUGUUUUGCCCAUCUGCAUACCGUUACAGUGACAAGACCACUUCAAAUAAGCUUACCAAAACACUGGAGUUUAACUGGGUCGUAGUAUGUGCCUUGCUUGCAGUAGCACUCAUAACCUGGCUGCGUGUUCAAACAGAAGCCAUUCUUACAGAUUUCCUGUCCAAAGAGUUGGCAUUCAUCAGCAUCUGGGGAGAAAAUGUUAAUGGUUGUGUUACCAUAACUAUUACGAGGCCCUGCAGAGGAGCAAGAAGGAAUAAAACUUACACACAUCUCUGUUCAAGCAACUUCUGCUUUAAACAGAGGGCCCCAAGGAGCACAGAUAGCCACAGGAAAAAAGCAACUGGUGGGGAGGAGGCUGCAGUGUGCUCGUAGCCAAAAUGGAAAAGGAAAAUGGAUAGAUUGUGAUGCUCCUUGCCCCUUGUCAGAAUAAGUCACAGAGACAAAGAAUCUGCAGCUCCAUUUUCUUUCCUGUGGUAUCUCAUUUCUCUUAGCACCAAACAAAACAGGUUAAGAGUGCAGCCUUUGUUCUCCAGUAUAAUUUGCUUCACACAGGGGAUUCCCAGCAUGAAUCAAAUUUCCUCACACUAUCUAAUUACAAAACUAAGCAUUAUGGUUAUGGAUGGGCUUUGUGACUGCUCUCCUCUCUCUAUACAGUCUGGUGACUCUAUUGCACAUAGCAGAGAAUCUUCACAUCCCUAUGAAUGAGAGCCUAUGACAGACCUGGGGCUGUUUAGUCUGGAGAAGAGAAGACUGAGGGGAGAUCUUGUCAGUGUGUACAAAUAUCUGAGGGGUGGGUGCCAAGUGCAUAGGGCCAAUCUCUUUUUGGUGGUCAGCAGCAACAAGACAAGGAGCAACAGCUACAAACUGGAAUACAGAAGAUUUCACCUCAACAUGAGAAGAAACUUCUUUACAGUGAGGCUGACGGAGCACUGGAACAGGCUGCCCAGCAAGGUUGUGGAGCCUCCUUCUCCUUAGAGUUUCAAAAUCCACCUGGAUGAGUUCCUGUGCUAACCACCUUAGGUGAUCCUGCCUUGGCAGGGGAAUUGGACUUGGAGGUCCCUUCCAAUCUGUAAGGUUCUGUGAUUCUGUGAUGUUGCUUACAACUGGCCAGCAAGGUGUUUUACUCCAUACACAUCAUAUCUGCUACAUAGCUGAGGGAUCAUGAGGGUUCUUCUUCAGUGUCCAGUGUCCAAGUAGGACUUUGGCCUGUGUGUUCCUUAAUCCCAAUCCAGAAUCCAGCCCACACCUGCUGCUGAGUCCAGUGUGGGUCUUCAUCAGUGCCUGCCCACAGCAUCAGUGCUGAUGGUGACAUAAUUGCUAUCAGGGGGUUGGGUUCAAUAUUGGUUUUGUCUAUAUUUGUAUGUGUUUUAUUAUUCUUUUCAUUAAAGUGGAUUUAGUUUUCUUUUCCAAUCCAUAAGUCUCUCUUCCUUAUUCCCUUUCUCUUCCACUUUGGGAAGGCAGAAUGACUAAGAGAGAGCCUCUGUCACUCAUUCAGUGGCUGGACCAACCAUAGCUCUUGACACUUUCAAAGGAGGCUGAAUUCCUGGGAAUUACAUGACAGCUCAGAUACAGCUCUUCACAGUUACACACAUCUUUUUCCCAGUCUUGCAUCUGUGUAUUUGUUACAGCUGGAAUUCCAUUCACUUCCUUUUUAACAACGUACUUUUCAGUUGCUAGGCAUACCAUGAGUAGUUUGUUGUACUACUGUCUGGUAUUGAAAUGGCUUUGAAGAGCACAGUGUAAAGUGCAAAUAUCAAUGGUCCUAAUCCACUGUCUUCUAUAGAUUUACUCCCUAUUUACUCUGGGGCAACACAGACUUUAGCUCAAAGCCUGUACAGUAAGUUUAAAGGUAUUUUUAAAUGCUUACUUUUUCUGGAAGAAUUAAAAGUGCUAUAAAGCUG